AUGCAGAAGCGCACCAAUGAGUCUCCCAUGGACUUUGAGUGGCAGACGACUGCCCCUGGAGAUGUUACGUCUCCGUUCUACCAGUUAGCCAUGGAGCACGAGAAACAGAAGAAAAAGCGUGAGGAAUUGGCCAUGGUCACUCGAAUUUGCACAUUGGUACCAGGGUCAGCUGACAGUUCUUGCUCUUCAGGCCCGUUCAGCGUUUUCGAUUCCCCUUCCAAACCGUCAAGUCCCGCCGUGACACAUGAGACGAACUCCCAACGCUUCCUCUUUUCUCAGCCGUCAGGCGCAACUCCUGCUUUCCCAACUAGCUCGGCCUUUGCAACGCCGAGAAAAGUGAAUUUCGACUUUUCCUCUGGCGCAGAAAAUUCACCCGAUGCUCACUUGAACGCUGACGACACUCCUGAACAACCUUCAAAAUCCGAGCGAAGAAAUUCCCUCUUUAACUUUUAUGGGAGAUUUGCACCGAGUCCUGGUCGUGGUGAAAUUCCGCGAACGAAUAAAUUCUCGAAUGUCGUCAUUCAGAGGGUUCAAAAACGGAGAAAGAGAGGACGCGAGGUGGAGAAGCAUAUGCGCAAAGCUAGUAUGGCCAGCGAGUCGAGCUCACGAUCACCUAGUCGUGAGAGACAUUCAACACGCCGACAUACACCCAGAGAGGAGCAACAAAAGUCACAAGAUAUACCAUUUUUCUCCCGGCUCUUUACCUUUCUCGAAUCGCAUCCACACAUUCCCCGCAUUUUGUCUUACUAUGCCCAGUUUGCAUUUAACCUUGUUCUCGCAUUCUUGGGUCUUUACGUGAUCGUUACCUUCUUGCUCGCCAUACACCACGAUAUAACUCGCGAACGGGAUCGGGUAUCAGAGGGUAUUCUAGCUGAAAUGGCGGCAUGCGCCAGAAACUAUGUGGAGAAUAGAUGCAGCGGGGAAAGCGGAAAGAGAUUACCAGCGCUGGAGACUGUCUGCAAUAAUUGGGAGCGAUGCAUGAAUCAAGAUCCGGCUAAAGUUGGCAAGGCGAAAGUCUCUGCGCAGACACUAGCGGAGAUAUUCAACAGCUUCAUUGAGCCCAUUAGUUUCAAAACUAUGAUAUUUUUCAUCGCAUCGAUAACUUCGUGUGUGGCGGUUUCGAACCUGACGUUUUCUUUCUUCCGAAACAAAUCUAAUAACCCUCCCGAGCCGGUUUCAUCAUACAGGCCGUACGCCCCACCGGGCAUGAAUUCCCAGCCGUCGCACCUAACUUAUGCAACUGGCCACACAGCUUUUGGAAUGGGUGGUCCGUUUUACGGCCAUCACCCUAUGCAUCAUGCCAGCCAAGCAUUCAACCAGAGCCCGUUCAAGUCGAAACCUGACUACGAAGACGAACCUCGACGGCAAAUUGAUAUGAGACCGUUUGACGGACACAUGGGGACGCCGAGCCCGUCGAAGCGGGAUGUUAAAUUUUCUUAG